GUGCUGUUUCAGUGGAGAAAUCACAAUGCGGUGCCACAGGCUGCCCUUCAUGCUGAAAAAUGCGUUGGCCUCUAAAUGGUUACGUUUGUCCUGACAUGCUGUCAUGCUCCCAGGAAAGAUCCUGUUCUACAGGAUCUGUCACAAGCCAUUGAUUUUCAUAGCCCCAACAUACACAGAGGAACACUGAAGCUGACACUGAGAAGAAAGAAGAUAAUCCUGCAGAAGAUAAUUUUUACCAUUUGCAUCAUCUCAACCAUGAAGGUGCUGAUUGUGUCUCUACUGGUCUGUGCCCUGAUGGCUCUGACCACAGCUGCUGCUGUUCCAGAAGCAGAGCCGGGUCAGAAGAUAGAACCACUCGUUCAGGAAGGGAAAAGUCACAUCGUCGAGAGGUCUUCAUCUUGUCCCAGAGGUUGGACUCGCUACAGCGGUCGCUGUUUCCUCUACGUUCCAACAGCCAUGACUUGGUCUAAUGCUGAGAGAAACUGUCAGUCCCUGGGUGGGAACCUUGCAUCAGUGCAUAACGUACAGGAAUACCAGGAGAUUCAGAGGCUGAUAGUGAAAACCACUUUUGAGUCUAAAGAAACAUGGAUCGGAGGCUCCGAUGCCCAACAGGACAGUAUUUGGCUGUGGAGUGAUGGUUCACAUUUUAUCCACGUGAACUGGUGUCGUGGACUGCCUGACAACUAUCAGGGCAGACAGCACUGUUUACAAAUGAACUAUGGAGAAGGAAAAUGCUGCGAUGAUGUCGAGUGUUUUACCCUUCGCCCAUUUGUCUGCAGCAAGAAAAUCUGAUGAUUCCUGGGCUGACACAGAGGCAUCAAGUACCUGUCGAGAGCACAAAUACUGUUUUUGUGUAAUCAGUCUCAUAUAUAUAUAACCUAAAGGCUCUACAUCUCAUUUCAUAUUUUUAUCUUUUCUAUUGCUGUAACGCUACCAAAGGAUUGAAGAGACAAGUGACAUACAGGAGCUGGAUUGUCUCUUAGGCCUAAGAGCAGACUGAACGAGUUAUGAAAAUAAUGAUUUUACCACAACUGUAUUCUGUCUGGAGAGUGAACUGGUCUUUCUUGUCUUUCAGUAUGCAAAAUUAAAAUGCUCAAGCAUCUAAACCA